UCAUAAAAAAAAUCACCAUGGCAGAUGACAUGAAUCUUCUUAUGAUUUCCACCGUUUUCCUAUCCAUUCUAUUACCCAUUAUCUUGUUUCUCAUAAACAAGAAAUCACAUGAGAAUCAUCAUACAAAGGUACCACCUGGUUCUCUGGGCUUACCAGUGGUGGGGCAAAGCCUGAAUCUCCUGUGGGCGAUGAAAUCAAACACCGAUCACAAAUGGAUUUCCGAUAGGGUAAACAAGUAUGGUGCCGUAUCCAAGCUAGGCCUGUUUGGAAAGCCAACUGUGUUUAUCCACGGCCAGGCCGCAAACAAGUUCUUAUUUACUAGCAAAGGUGAUCACUUGGGGAGCGGCCAGACGGACUCGUUCAAAACGAUAAUGGGGGAACGGAACAUUCUAGAACUAAGUGGGGAGGAUCAUAAACGGGUCAGGGGUGCACUUAUGUCGUUCUUGAAGCCGGAGUGUUUGAAGGAUUACGUUGGUAAGAUGGAUCAAGAACUCCAAACCCACCUUCAAACCCAUUGGACCCCAGCCGCGAAUACACAGAAAAGUAUCAAGGUGUUGCCACUGAUGAAGAGCCUUACUUUCAACAUAAUUUCUUCUCUUCUAAUUGGGAUUGAACAUGGGUCAAGGAGAGAAGAGUUACUAGACAGUUUUAAUAAUCUAGUAGACGGAUUGUGGUCACUCCCAAUUAAUCUUCCCUUGACGAAAUACAGAAGAAGCAUCAAGGCCAGUACCAAGAUCACUGACAUAAUUAAGGACGUCAUUCGCGAAAAGAAAGCAAAUUUGGCUGCUGGGAAAGGAUCAACUAACGAGGACAUCAUCACUUCCUUGAUCAGCAGCAAACUAUCCGACGACGAUAUCGUUCAUAGCAUGAAGUUUAUCAUGGUUGCAGGUCACGACACCUCUUCCAUCGUCCAAACAUUCAUUAUUAGGCAACUCGGCCUUGACCCUGUCGUUUAUGAAACCCUUCUUCAAGAACAAGAAGAAGUAUCGAGAAGCAAAGGCUCUCGGCCGCUGCUUACAUGGGAAGAUCUAGGGAAGAUGAAAUAUACAUGGAAAGUAGCUUUAGAAAUUAUGAGAUUGGUUCCUCCAGUCUUUGGAGGGUUUAGGAAAGCACUAAAAGAUAUUGAGUAUGAAGGUUUCCUAAUUCCCAAAGGAUGGCAAGUUUUAUGGGUAUCAAGCAUGACUCAUAUGGACAAUGACAUAUUCCCAGAUGCGUCCAAGUUUGAUCCAUCAAGAUUUGAUAACCUAGGAAGCGUUCCAUCUUACUACUACAUUCCCUUUGGAGCUGGGCCUCGGAUAUGCCCAGGAUACGAGUUUGCUAAAAUUGAGAUUCUGGUCACAAUCCAUUACAUUGUCACCCGCUUCAAAUGGAAGUUAUGCUGCGACGAUAAUUUCUUUGGACGCGAUCUAUUGCCAAUGCCUACUCAAGGACUUCCCAUUCAAAUUGUUUCAAGGGAGUAGCUAAAAGAAGCUUACUAUAUAUAUUUGCUAAAUAAGUGAUCUAAUAAAAGCAGACAAACAGAUCAGGCUACUUCAAAUUAGUAGUUGUAUUUCAUAUUUCAUAGUAUUAUAUUUUUGUAUUGAAGUUAUAUAUUUAUGAAUCAUAAUAAUGAUGUUACUUAUCAA